UUCACAGACAAUGGUUUGUUGGUAUUUUUGAAUGAGAAUGGUGUCAAAUAUGCAUACCCUAACCCGUUCGUAGACGGAUUCAACUCUACGCAAACAACUCCUAUGGUAGCAGUGUUUUGGGAUGAUGUUGACAUCAGUGACCCAUCUGUUGGCAAUGUAUAUUAUCAGAUUUAUGAAAAAGAAAAUGGUGGUUAUAUAAGUAACCGACACGAGCAAUGUUUAAUGCUGUCAAUAAGCGUAUACAUAAUGCAAAAGGAACAUGAUGAUAUCUACCCUCGCUACUAUUGUUGUGCACUAUCACGUGACCCAUAUUUCUGCGAUUUGUACGCUGAGAAGCGCCCUCCCGGUGAUUGCGGUGGCUACAUUCCUCCAAUAUGGGGGUGGAUGAUUGGCGACCCUCAUCUAACGACUCUAGAUGGCGUUUCAUACACAUUCAAUGGUUUUGGAGAAUAUACAUUGGCUACAGUUGAUAAUGGUUUCUUCAGACUUCAGGGUAGGACAGCUAAAGCUUUGGACGAGGAUGGAAAUCCUGUAGAUCAUGCUACGAUUUUUGUAGCAUUCGCUGCCAAAGAAAAAACUUCAUCCACGGUCCAAGUAGAAAGAAAUGAAGACGGAACUGAGUAUAUCGUGAAGAUUGAUGGUAUAACAUUCGACAAAUCGUUACUUAGUGAAUACCCAUAUGGAGUGAACAUGACGGAUGUAGUAAUAUCUUCAAAACCGUCAACAUCCACCGCAAGCACUAAUGAGAAGAACCGUCUGGUGGCGUCCUUCUCAUCCGGCAUAUUUAUAUCCAUUGGCUUAGCUGAGGGAAUGCUAGAUGUUAUAUUUUCAGCUCCUCAAGAAAAAUUCCUUGCAAAAGUGCAUGGACUAUUAGGUUACUGGGAUGAUGAUCCUAGCAAUGAUUUUGUUCUUCCCGAUGGUUCCAGUUUGAAUCCAACAAAGGAAGAUGGAAACUUCACUGACAGAGACUAUUUCCGAUUCGGACAGAAAUGGAAUGUAUCUUCAGCAGAAGAGUCUCUAUUUACAUAUGCGAGCGGUACAUCCUGGGAAGAUUACCAACAUUUAGAUUUCAUGCCUAAAUUCCUGGAUGAACUAAUUGAACAAUAUGAAACCUCGACUGACCCUGCUGAUAUAAAUUUCAUACAGCAAGCACGAACUAACUGUGGCGAUAACCAAGAAUGCCUUUUUGACACGUUAGCAACUGGAAGAGAAGAUAUUGGUAUUCUUACUAAAAACACAACUACACAGAUAGGCAGUCAAGUCAGUGAUUUAG